AGUCCCGCCUUCCCAGCCCCGCUGCCGAGGCCCCGCGAACUCAGCUCACGAGUGAGGCUGUGCGGGGCGGCGCAGGCACCAGCCAAUGGGCUAGAGAGCGCGGCGAGCAUCCGUCCUCCGCGGGGCCACGGUCUGUCCUCCCCUAUCCUGGUCUGCAUCUCUAACUGACAAAUCUAAUACCUGCAUGGAACAGAACAGAUAAUUAAUGAAGAAUGUGUGAAUAUACAGUUUCAAAGAAAAGAAAUGGACAAUAUUGAAUGAUUCAACAAGAUGUUUGCAAAAGCAACAAAAAAUUUUGUGAGAGAGACUGACUGUGGCGGUGACUUGAUCCCUGUAUCCCGCUUGAAUGACUCAGAUAAAUUACAGCUUCUGAAUUUAGUAACAAAGAAGAAGAAAUUGUGGUGCUGGCAGAAACCGAAGUACCAUUUCUUGACAGUCACGCUGAAUGAUGUGCUUACUGAAGACAAACCUAUAAAACCAGUUGUUGUUGAGUCUGAGUUUGUGAAAUAUGAAGGGAAGUUUGAAGACUUUGUCAGAGGAAGUAUUGAAACUUCAUUUGGAAAGAUCAACCUGGGUGCUGGAGGAAAAGGCUUUGUAGAAAGCCAGUCUUCAUUUGGAAACCUAAAAAAGCAGGAGGCUGAUUUGCAGCAGCUUAUGAAAGACCUCAAGGGAAGAACAAUAAAUCUAAACAAUAAUUUACUGCAACAAGUGCUAGGAAGAAAACAUGAGGUACUGUGUAUCUUGACAGAAAAGAUAGUAACAACUCAAAAGUGUUUGGUAUCUGAACAUGUUCAGACAGAAGAAAAAUAUGCUGGCAUGGUGGGACUCCGUACAAAAAUUGUAAAGGUUUCAGUGAGCGAAAAUGGGAAUGUGAGAAAGGAUUCCAAUGUGGUCUUAGAGAUUCCUGCUCCCACCGCGAUUGCCUAUGGCGUAAUUGAACUGUAUAUAAAGCGUGAUGGUCAGUUCGAAUUCUGCCUGCUAGAUGAGCAAGAAGGAGGUUUUGAAAGAGAAAACACAGAAGGCUCAUCUUAUCCAUAUUCAUUUAGAGACUCUUCCUUUCUAUAUCAGCCAGACGCUGUGGAUAGUGACAGGCACUCUGGAGAUAGAAACAUCAUUCCCAGCGAUGUUUCCUUAAGUGUACUGAAACAAGAUCUGUUGCUGUUAAAGAUGCAGUUCCAACCCUUCGUGAAGCUUCCAGAAGACAAGCAAGGAGCUUUAAAUAAAAUAUUUUAUGAGCUCUUGCAUCAUGAAGAAAUGGUAACUGCACUGGAGGAGGUGUUAGAUAGUAUUUUCACAGGAGAGGAGCCGGAUUUUACAGACCUGAAGGAGUUGAAACCUCCACAGCAGCAAAACCUAACCGACUUCUUGCAGCUGGUCGGGUACAGUUUACAGAAUGAGCUGUUGUUGCAGAAAGACCAGCUUCAUUAUAAGGGACUCUUCUCGGCUGCUCACAUCCUGAUCAGUGCGGUGGCAGAAUUGUCUGACUACACACUGGCUCUGCUGCGUGCUUGCUGUGAUAUACAAAUAAUCCCUGCCUUGUGUUGUUUGCCUAACGUCGCUUCAGCUGAUGGCACUUUGACACUGAGAGAUCCUGCCCUGGCCCCUCUCACUGACACAGGAAGAUUUCAUAUAGUGCAAAGGCUGUUUGCCGUAUCAAACAUUAACCUCGAAAUGAUGGAGUCUUCAAUGAAAGCUGUAACCAUGAAAGAACCUAGCUUUUUCCCAUUCAUUCUUUAUAUUGCAUUGUAUGGAUUUUAUGCCUUAGGUGGGACCAUCUGAGGGAAAAAAAGAAAAACCUAGAAUAAUAGCUGAAAUACUGCACUAAUAAAUGCCAGUUUUUUCAGUGCUAUAGAAUCCUGCCAAUUCACACUCGUAUUCCUGGGAGACAACUGCAAAUCACUGAAUUUUGUAACCAAGUGGGUGAGUAAAUGAACAUGAAAAAUACAAGGGCACCGCAUCCCAGCAUGUUCUCUGUUCAUUUAGGGUCCGCUCACGUAGAGCGCCCUCAAGUACUACUCAACUCAGCACCUUGCAGAAUCAGGUGUUUAUUUUGUCAAUAGUAGUUUAGAUUGAUUUAUGGCAAUACUCCACAGUAUAGCAAAUACUCCCAUGCCUCUCAUUUACUUUCCUAACACGAAUCAAAUUAGUGAUUAGACCUCACUACAGCAUCUUUGCUGAUCACUUUUUGUGCAAGUUAGCAAGUUUCAGCAGCAUGCUAUGUUUAAAUUGCACCCUAAACUCUCCCUUAAAAAUGUAGUAAUUCCUUUUGAUGUGUGUGUAUGUGCUUCAACCUGGUUCAGUCCAGACUAAUACUUGUUAUACCCUUCUGACCUCUUCAGUGUGGUGGUUUUUUAAUAAAAGUAAUUUUCAGUGCAUUA